UUGCAAUCAGUCUGAGAGAAGCACGAGAGUUGAGCUGAGCCCAACUCGCGUUCCGUCUGUUCGCCGUCGCGAGCUAGUCUGGUAUAUCCGUGUAGUCAAAUAGUGCAAUCUACAUCUUUUCUUUUUUUUUCUCGAGCUGCCAGACUGCCUAAAAGUUGAAAAAUCGUGUGUUUUCCAUUCAUCAAUCGUCAUAGUUAUCGAUGGAUGAUGCUUGUGCAGAUCCCAAGGGGCCUAAUAUUCGCUGUUCGUGUAUGCAAUUCUCAUAAAUGCUAACUCCUUGUCUUUUCGCGUCGAUGCAAACUAAGGUCGACAGUUCAGCAAAUGCCCAUGGAUUCGUGAUUCCAACUAAUUCCAAUCGCACUGCCAACGGGUAACACGGCAAAAUAUGGUUUGAGGCAAUUAUUCUGCGUGGCGACACAGCGAAGCAAAUGGGUGACGGAUGUAUGUAUACAAUCGUGAUACAUAUGAAAAUGAAUGAAAUGUUAAAAUUCGAGCUGCUGCCUGUGUGAUAUGGUUUUAUGCGAGUGUAGGCGAAGUGCGAAGGGGAAGUGAGUAAGAAAAAUAGUGAAACAAUGAGCACUUCGGUUACUAGCAAAAUGAAGAAAAGUGAAAAUGUUUCAACCGAUAUUGGCAAGUUCGGCCGUUUCUGCGAAGUGAAUCUUUGCAGCUAGCUACGAAAGUCUGCGUUUUAGUAAAUCCCCUAUUUCGUGUUUUACUAGCUCAAGUUUUUCCCGUGCUCACUAUCGGCCAUCGGCACAGUGCAGAAGGUGUAGAGUGCUGUGUUCUAUUCAACCAUUCUCGGAAAUCUAUAUUUUAUGAUCGUAAAAAGUCACCAGAGGAAAGUGGAAAUAUAAAAAAAAACAAAAGAGAGAAAAAAAAAGUAAUUCCAUCGCACCUACACACAUCUAUAAAACCAUCUAUAUAUUUAGAAACUUGUAAACAUGUAUUCUGCUGCUGCCAUAUUUGGAUAUAAAACAUCAUGCAUCUCACUCGCGCUAGCAUUGAUUUCCACUUUGAUACAGAUUUGUCGAAGUGCCGACCUUGUGAUAGAAAUUCCCGGAAAUCUCGGUCUCGAUGAUUCAUACUACCGUCUCGAUUACUACCCCCCGGUGGGUAAUCCAGCACCGAACGCCACAAUUGCGUCGCGCGACGUUGGCGACGAGAUCCAGUUUUCGAACGGACAGCCCGGUACGAGGUACAACUUCUGGCUGUACUACACCAACUCGACCCAUCAUGAUUGGCUCACGUGGACAGUGUCAAUUACGACUGCCCCGGAUCCACCCUCGAAUCUGUCUGUCGCAGUACGCUCGGGAAAAAGUGCUAUCAUCAGCUGGAGUCCACCGUCACAGGGAAACUAUUCGGCGUUCAAGCUGAAAAUCCUGGGGCUGUCCGAUAAUUUUGCCACCAAUCAAACCGUCGCCGUCGAGGACAAUCAGUUCCAGCAUGUGUUGAGAGAUUUGACACCGGGUGCCACCUACCAGGUGCAGGCGUACACGGUUUUCGAUGGCAAAGAAUCGGUCGCUUACACUAGUCGAAACUUCACUACAAAACGCUAUCGUCAUAAAGACCUGUUGGAAAUAAAAAUCCUGCGAGAACCAAACACUCCCGGGAAAUUCAUCGUAUGGUUCCGCAAUGAAACCACGUUACUUGUCCUGUGGCAACCACCAUAUCCGGCAGGAAUUUAUACCCAUUACAAAGUAUCUAUCGAGCCACCGGAUGCUUUGGGUAGUGUUUUGUACGUACAGAAAGAAGGUGAACCACCAGGCCCAGCUCAGGCAGCAUUCAAAGGGCUGGUCCCAGGUCGAGCAUACAACAUCUCCGUGCAGACGAUGUCCGAAGAUGAAAUUUCACUACCGACGACUGCACAGUACAGAACGGUUCCACUGCGACCGAUGAAUGUAACGUUCGACAAAAAAGCAGUAACCGAGAACUCAUUUAAGGUGCUCUGGGAAGCUCCAAAAGGUAUCAGCGAAUUCGACAAGUAUCAAGUAUCCAUAUCGGCCACCCGACGUCAGCAGGCAGUCAUACGUAACGAUAACGAAAACAUGGCGUCGCUGGAGUUCAAAGACAAUCUAGAUCCCGGCAAGACUUAUCAAGUUAUUGUUAAGACAGUCUCAGGUAAGGUAACCUCCUGGCCUGCCACCGGAGAGGUUACACUGAAACCAUUGCCAGUCAAGAAUCUCUACACCUUCACUGACAGUAAAACGGGCAUCAUUACUAUAUCAUGGGCUCCAGAUGAUGCCAGUACUCAAGACGAGUACAAGAUCAGUUACCAUGAGCUGGAAACGAACAACGGAGAUGCUAGCACAAUGAAUACCGACAAAACCACCUUCGCGUUAGAAUCAUUGCUACCAGGAAGAAAUUACUCUAUCACUGUGCAGGCCAUUUCGAAGAAGAUGGAAUCCAAUGAAACGGUCAUAUUUGUCGUAACGAGACCAUCGUCGCCGAUCAUUGAGGACUUGAAGUCGAUCCGCGAAGGACUCAACAUAAGCUGGAAGAGUGACGUCAACUCACGGCAGGAGAAAUACGAGGUCACUUACACCCGCAACGAUACCAACGAUGGCAAAAUAGUACUUACCACCGAAUCUAGGCUAGUGUUUACAAAUUUAUACCCGGGAGCCGGCUACGAAGUGAAGGUAUUUGCCGUAAGCCACGGACUGAGAAGCGAGCCCCAUUCAUAUUUCCAAGCGGUCUAUCCUAAUCCACCGCGCGACAUGACAAUCGAAAAGGUAACAAGUAAUUCAGUGUUGGUACGCUGGAAACCACCGGAGCGAUCCGAGUUCACAGAAUACUCCAUUCGAUAUCGCACAGAAAGCGAAAAACAAUGGAUUAGAUUACCUUCGGUGAAGGUAACGGAGGCAGACGUCACGGAUAUGACACCGGGAGAGAAAUAUACCAUCCAGGUGAACACCGUAAGCUAUGGGGUCGAAUCACCGAAUCCACAGCAGGUCAAUCAAACCGUUCGCCCGAAUCCCGUUUCCAACAUCGCGCCACUGGUUGACUCGAACAAUAUCACCCUGGAGUGGCCUCGCCCAGAAGGUCGAGUAGAAACGUACAUCAUCCAUUGGUGGCCCACCGAAUUCCCCGAACAAAUUUAUAGCAAUAACGUGUCAGAAACCAGUACUAUUUAUCCGUACUCAGGAAGUGGUAUAGGCGAUGAAGAUAAGCUGACUGAUGAGCCACCAACUGUUCGAAUCCUUAUUGGAGACCUUAUGUCUGGUGUCAUGUACAAUUUUAAGAUCCAAACUGUCUCGUACGGAUUGACCAGCGAUGUUACGAAAUUACAAACGCGCACAAUGCCACUCAUCCAAUCCGAAGUUUUGAUUGUCAACAAUGUACAGAUGCGUGAUACCGUCACACUGAGUUACACACCUACACCUCAGCAAUCAUCCAAGUUCGAUCUUUAUCGAUUCUCGUUAGGAGAUGUAAACAUUCCUGAUAAGGAGAAGUUUGCAAACGACACUGAUCGUAAGGUCACUUUUACUGGUCUUAUCCCGGGACGUCUUUACAACAUAACAGUGUGGACCGUAAGUGGUGGAGUAGCUAGCCAACCUAUCCAACGACAAGAUCGAAUGUAUCCAGAUCCUAUCACAGAACUGAGCGCUAGUAACAUCACCGAUGCAGAUAUAAUCCUUAAUUGGGACAUUCCAAAGGGCGAAUAUAAUGCAUUCGAAAUUCAAUACCUCAAAAAUGAUUCCCACUACGUGCAGAAUCUAACCGUGAACAAUCACAUCACAAUCACCGAUCUUAAGCCUCACCGUAACUACACUUUUACAGUAGUCGUUCGUUCGGGUACCGAAUCCAACGUGCUGCGUAGCAGUCUUCCUGUUUCUGCGAAUUUCCAGACCAAAGAGUCGGUCCCCGGACGAGUCGAUAAGUUUGCACCCGUCGAUAUUCAGCCUAGUGAGAUCACAUUUGAAUGGUCACUCCCACCAAACGAACAGAAUGGUAUUAUAAGACAGUUUACCAUAACUUAUGGGCUCGAUGGAUCCCAACAUACACAAGCUAAGGAUUUCAAACCUGCCGAGCUACGGGGCACCAUAAAGACUCUACUUCCGGGAAAAACGUACAUCUUCCGUAUCCAGGCCAAAACCGCAAUCGGUUACGGCCCGGAGCAAAUGUGGAAGCAAAAGAUGCCGAUUCUGGCUCCACCCAAGCCAGAAACGCAAGUUGUACCGACCGAAGUAGGCAGCAGUGCCACCACAAUAGAGAUUAGGUUCCGCAAGCAUUAUUUCAGCGACCAGAACGGUGUCGUGACCACCUACACCAUCAUCAUUGCCGAAGACGACAGUAAGAAUGCUUCCGGUCUGGAGAUGCCCAGCUGGUACGAUGUGCAGUCGUAUAGCGUAUGGCCUCCGUAUCAGGUCAUCGAACCGUACUACCCGUUCAAGAACAGUUCCGUUGAAGACUUCACGAUCGGAACGGAAAACUGUGACACCCGUAAAUCGGGAUACUGCAAUGGACCCCUCAAGUCUGGAACUACGUACAAAGUGAAAGUGAGAGCAUUCACUGCACCGGAUAAAUUCACCGAUACUGCGUACAGCUAUCCUAUUCGAACAGGAUUGUUAUCAGUUGACGCACAAGACAACACAUCACUGAUCGUUUCGAUAACGAUCCCAUUAUUCAUCAUUUUGCUGCUUGUCGGAACGUUACUAUUCUUACGUCGACGGCGGCAUACGGGUCGCAAGAAGGCAACCGAACAGCGCGCAAACGACAAUAUGUCUCUACCAGAUAGCACAAUGGAAACAAGCCGUCCAGUACUAGUAACAAACUUCAGCGAACAUUAUCGGUUAAUGUCGGCCGAUUCAGAUUUUAGGUUUAGUGAAGAAUUUGAGGAACUGAAACAUGUGGGCCGCGAUCAACCAUGCACAUUUGCCGACCUGCCGUGCAAUAGACCUAAGAACCGUUUCACCAACAUUUUACCAUAUGACCACUCUAGAUUUAAAUUACAACCUGUAGAUGAUGAGGAAGGGUCGGACUACAUCAAUGCUAACUAUGUUCCGGGUCAUAAUUCACCGCGAGAAUUCAUUGUCACGCAAGGUCCUCUUCAUUCAACGCGGGAUGACUUUUGGCGGAUGUGCUGGGAGAGUAACUCGCGAGCGAUAGUCAUGCUAACUCGUACCUUCGAGAAAGGUCGCGAAAAAUGUGAUCACUAUUGGCCACAUGAUACAGUGCCAGUAUACUACGGUGAUAUUAAAGUUACGUUGCUGAAUGAUAGUCACUAUCCUGACUGGGUCAUAACCGAGUUUAUGAUGACGAGGGGUGACACACAGCGCAUUAUUCGCCAUUUCCAUUUUACCACGUGGCCCGAUUUCGGUGUGCCAAAUCCUCCUCAAACACUUGCGCGGUUCGUGCGAGCCUUCCGUGAACGUGUGGGGCCUGACCAGAGACCGAUUGUGGUGCACUGCAGUGCCGGUGUUGGCCGGUCUGGCACGUUUAUUACUCUCGAUAGAAUACUACAACAAAUACAGGUAUCGGACUUCGUCGAUAUCUUCGGCAUUGUCUGGGCAAUGCGAAAAGAACGUGUCUGGAUGGUUCAAACUGAACAGCAAUACAUAUGUAUUCAUCAAUGUUUGUUGGUGGUUUUAGAGGGUAAGGAAGGUACCGAACGAGAGAUACAUGACAACCAGGGCUACGAAGAACCCGGCGAACCAGAUGCGGCAGAAGAUCGACAGUUAAUAGAAACCGGUCCAGACGAUACUGAAGGCGGUGGUAUCUGCGAAGCAGUCGGUAGUGACGAAGACAGAAAUAUGCAGAAUAACUGUGAGCAAGGUGAAGUAAAGAGCAAUAGUAGCAGGACUGAUGUUGCCAAAUAUGAUGAAAGUCAUUGCCAAGAAACAGAAGUGAUAGCCGUCGAAGUACAAGCAAACCGUAGAAAUAGUAAUAAUCAACAGCAAUCGAGAGAUGACGAUAUAGCUGAUAAGAGUAAUAGUAACAGCAAUGACAGUAGCCAAAACGGUAAUCAACCAUUGAUAGAAUCUGUCGAAUCAAAAUCGGAAGGUAUUAAUAAUAAUAAUAAUAAUAACAAUAACAACGAACAGCAGUCAAUUGGAAACAAACUGUGGAAAGAAGAAAGAUGACAGUUAGAGAACGAUAGUGAUAACAGAAGCAGUGGUAGGAGUAGUAUUGUUAUCGCUAUCAACGACGAUAGUCAUGCAAAUAGUGCACAGAUCAUUCGCGUCGAAGGCGAUGAUGUGGAAGAUCGUAAAGACGACGAAACGGAGAUCGACGUCGGAAUCGAUUCCGACGAGGAAGAUGACGACGAUUCAAACGAACAGCGAGAGCUACUGCUGCACAAAAAGAACGAAAAAAAUAAUCUUAAUACAGAGGGAGGGAAUGAACGCAUCCGUUACAAGCACAACUUCGUGGAAGAUGAAGAAGAUGAGCAGGACGAUGACAUAAUCGUUAUCGUCGAUGAAGAUAGCAACCUCUGUGGUGGUGGUGUUAGCGAUGAGCUUUAUUUGAAGCUUAGAGAAAUGGAUGACGAAGGCAUCGCAGAAUCAGGAAUGUAACCACCGCGGAGACAUGGACCGUUGCCAGAAGAUGUGACACAGUAAUCAUAUCUAAUAGUCAUGGAAUCUUGAGAAAAUUCGUCAUUUAGCUAUUUCGGUCAUAGACAGAACAACCACUCGAAAUUAAACUUAACAUACUCCAGCGUACACUCGAGAAAAAAACAUAGAUCACAAAUUGUAAAUAUAUAAAAAAUCUGCUUACUCGUAGAGAGGAGUAAAAGUUGUCAUUGUGCUACUACGUAUUCUACCUUUUAAAUGUCGAUAAACGAAAUGAAAGUGCAUACGUUACAUGUAAUCAAGAAUUCUUUUAUGUUCUUGACGUCAUCGGAAAAUCAAAUCAGUAAAACGAAACGCAGUUAAUGUGAAUUUUUAUUGUAUUUAUGCAUGUGCAAUGGACACUCAAUCCAACCCUUUUAAUUAUUUUUUGUUGUACAUAAUGUAAGAUGUAUCAUGGCAACUUUUAGUUACACAAUAUUUUAAAUCUUACAAUAAAAAGAAAAGAUAUCAUAUCAA